GUCUCUCUCUCAUUUUCUCCCCAUCGAGGACCAGCUACAGUUUCCAGUUCAGAGAGCCCGUGUGCUGGAAGCCAGAAGCGGGAGCAAUGCUGCUGCAAGCCACCCUGAGUCUCUGACAGAAAUAAUACAGCCAAAAACUUGCACAUAAUUAAGUAAAAUAAGAGUUUACUGCUAGAAAUGAAUGAUCAACAAGAAAAAGAAAGGUGUCAAAUUAAGAGGCUUCAACUCCUGUAACACCUAAACUGAAGAUGAGAGCCCUCCUGCCAGCAGCAGCCUGCUGCACGCAGUAGCCGAGGCAGAGUCGCUGCCAGGGAGUAUUUGAAGAGCUUCUCCUUGUGUCUACUUCGCUUCCCAGUGCAGCUCCCAUGGCCUGUGACGAACCCGCUGCUCUCUUGGGCAUCUUCACGCGCCAGAACUCCUCCAACACCAACUCUUUGGACUUUGAGCCUGACACCGACUACAAGUUUGUGGAAAGCCUGGAGGAGCGGUACAAGUGCGCCUACUGCCACCUGGUCCUGCGCAAUCCCCACCAGACGGGAUGCGGGCACCGCUUCUGCCAGCAGUGCAUUCUUGCUCUGAGAGAGUUAAAUGCAGUACCCACCUGUCCUGUCGACAAAGAAACAAUAAAAAUGCAUGAGGUAUUCAAAGACAACUGCUGUAAAAGAGAAGUUCUCAACUUGCAUGUGUUCUGCAAAAACUUCCCUGACUGCAAUUCAAAAAUAAUUCUGGGACGAUAUCAGGAGCAUCUGCAGCAGUGUUUGUUUGAAAGCAUGCAAUGCACUAAUGAUGGGUGUCGGGAUCAAAUUCUUCGCAAAGACUUGAAAGAGCACUUGAGCCAGCACUGUAAAUUCCGGGAAGAGAGGUGCCAGUACUGUAACACAUAUGUGGUGUUAAUUAACAUAAAGAACCAUGAGAAAAAUGACUGUCCUGAUUAUCCUGUGCCUUGUCUCCAAAACUGUUCACAAAUAAUUCUGAAAAAAGAGAUUGAAAAGCACCAUGCUGUGUGUCCUGAGGCAGAAGUGGACUGUCCAUAUAAGCAGUACGGCUGUCAUGUAAAGGUUAAAAGAGGGAAACUUGCUGAACAUGAAAACAGUGCCCUGAGGGAACACAUGCUGCAGAUUUUAGACAAGAACUCCCGACUGGAAGAACAGAUAUCUGACCUCUAUAAGAGCCUGGAAUGUAAAGAGAUUAAAAUCCAGCAGCUAGCAGAUGCCAUUAAGAAGUGUGAGAAAGAAUUCAGACAGUAUACACAAUUGUUUGGUAACAAUAGCAACUUGAUGGUAAGCACUCAGGCUCUGGCUAGUCACCUGGAUAAGUCUGCACGCCUGGAAUCACAAGUGAAACAGCUAAUACAGAUGGCAAACCAGCAGCAAAGUAAAUUAGACCUGCGGCCCCUGUUUGACACAAUUGAAAACAUGAAACAGAAGAUUGCCCUGAUGGAGACAUACGACCAGCGUAUGGUUGUUUUGGAAGAUCAGUCCAGCAAACAUGAUCUCCAGAUCAAUAUUCACAAAGCACAGCUCAAUAAAAAUGAAGAACGAUUUAAGCUUUUGGAAGGCACGUGCUACAAUGGGAAGUUAAUCUGGAAAAUCACAGACUACAAGAUGAAGAAGAAAGAGGCAGUGGAGGGCCGUGUGCUGUCCAUAGCCAGCCAGCCCUUCUACACCAGCCGCUGUGGGUACAGGUUGUGUGCGAGAGCCUACCUGAACGGGGACGGCUCAGGGAAGGGAACGCACAUCUCCCUCUACUUUGUGGUCAUGAGAGGCGAGUUUGACUCACUACUGCUGUGGCCUUUCAAGCAGAAGGUUACACUUAUGCUUUUGGACCAAAGUGGGAAAAAAAAUCACAUUGUGGAAGUCUUUAGAGCUGACCCCAACAGCAGCAGUUUCAAAAGGCCAGAUGGAGAAAUGAAUAUUGCCUCCGGCUGUCCGCGCUUUGUGCCACACGCCAUCCUGGAAAACACAAAGAACACCUACAUCAGAGAUGACACUCUCUUUUUGAAAGUGGUCGUGGAUCUAACUGACCUGGAGGAACUGUGAAAAGCGUGCCCAAUCAGUCUGACCACUGUAAGCAUGAGGAACUGCUUUUGUGGUGAACACCAGCCAUGCAAUAGCAAACUGCCACCAGUCAAGCUACUUGAGAACAUUUCAUGGCUUUGGACUACCCGACAGAUAAUGAAUUGCCAAUCAGCCUUUCCUUUUCUACCCUUUUUUUUCAAGACUGCAUUUUUAAGACAGUUAGGAGUCCGGGCUGGUGCAAGCAUGCAUUCGAUCCAGAUUGGUUCAGUCCAGGCUGGGGGGAAUGCUUGGCUCCCAUCACCAGACUGGUGUUUGGAAAUUAACCUCCUUCAGUAAACUCCCUGGAGCCCAGGCAGGCCUGUGGGCUCCUCUCCCUCACACAGAAGUGAAGCCAUGCCCAAACAUGCAAGUGCAUUUCAUCUGUCUGCAAUGGAAACAUUUUGACAUUAGCAAAUUUGAGUCAAUGUGUCUUGAUCCCUCCAUCUCUUGGAUUUUUGAAGCAGGGAGAAAGGCUUAAGUUAGGCAGAGAAAACAUUUGCCAAGUAUCUUGCAUCUUUUUUAUUUGUUUGAAUGGUGUUCUUCCAGAAAGCCCAGAGGAAGGAGCCAAUGCCUCUUACUUUUUUAUCCUGUUUUUUCAGCUGUACAGAGUACUCCCAGGUCACAACAGCUUUCUUGUGUCCUUUCCAUUCCUGCCUAGUGCCUUGGGACUGGUUUCCAUUGGUGGUAAACAUCCACAGUCCCCAUCUGAAGCCAAAAGCUGCAGGUGCUUCUCACCUCUCAGGGCGUGGCCAGAGGCAGGGCACUCGGCCAGCCUGCCAGCUCCUGGCUGCGCUGCUGGAAGAGCAGCAAAACUCCUUUUGCUGCCACAUCUGUGAAAAAGAGAUGUUUUCUGGCCUUACCAGCUCUAAAAAAGGCAGGAAGAGCUUGGGGAAUAGCUCACGUAACAUGCACUUUUCCUCUCUCCUAGAAGUUUGGCGAAGAAGGGGGAAAAUGGAUUAGGGAGUGAGGUUGCUGUAAGAACCCAAUUUUUACAAUCAAUGCAGCUUUAGUGUUUGUUAAAGGAUGACACAGCUGCUGACUGUGAUGUCUGAAGAUCUUAAUUUUUAUUCCAAGUUUCUUCCAUACUGCAAGGGAAUGUGUGCAUUGUACAGGGCUUAUUUGGGACACGCAAAAACCACCAAGAUCAGGCACUGAGGAACAAGUGACA